CACGGUUACUAGGUUACUAGUUUUGACGUUUACGUCAAUCGCAUGUGAAGUAGCGAAGUUUGAGGUUAUGUGACACAACAAAAACUGUAAAAUGAAGGUAAAAGUGAUUAGUAGGAACCCGGACGAUUACCUCAGAGAGACAAAACAUGAUAUUCAUAAAGUUCCUCGCAACUACGAUCCAGCUUUGCACCCCUUUGAAGCAGCCCGUGAAUACACCCGAGCCGUAAACGCCGUCAAACUAGAAAAAGUUUUCGCUAAACCAUUUGUUGGCAAUUUAGACGGUCAUAGAGACGGCGUUUCAUGCAUCUCCAAACACCCUAACAGACUUUCAAUUUUAAUCAGUGGGGCUUAUGAUGGGGAAAUCCGAGUGUGGGAUUUACCCCAAAAAUUGUGCAUUCGCGAGUUUGUCGCCCAUGCAGGUGUUGUGAGGGGUAUCGCUUAUAAUCCUUCAGGGGAACACUUCAUAACUCUUGGAGAUGACAAAACUAUCAAAACCUGGAAAUCUAAAGCCCCAGAUGUUGGCGAAGAUGAAGAGCCUGUUAAUACUGUGUUAAGUAAGACAGUGUUAACAGGAAUUACCCAUCACAUCAGUGAUCCCGUUUUUGCAACUUGUGGGGAGAUUUGUCAAAUUUGGGAGGAAACAAGGAACGAACCUGUUAAAACGUUUGAGUGGGGUAUUGACAGUUUGCACGACAUCGCGUUUAAUCCAAUAGAAACCAAUAUAUUAGCGUCUUGUGCAAGCGAUAGGAGUAUCAUUUUGUAUGAUACGAGAGACAGUGCACCUUUACGAAAAGUUGUUAUGAAGUUGAGAACCAACAAAAUUUCUUGGAACCCAAUGGAGGCUUUCAUUUUCACGGGGGCUAACGAGGACUACAAUUGUUUUUUUUUCAGUUUGUAUACUUUUGAUACCCGAAAUUUGAAACAGCCUGUAAACAUCCAUAUGGACCAUGUUGGGGCUGUAACCAGUAUAGAUUACGCCCCAACUGGUCGCGAGUUCGUUAGCGGAAGCUAUGAUAAAACAGUAAGGAUAUUUGAGACAAGUAAAGGCCAUUCAAGGGAAAUUUAUCACACAAAACGCAUGCAGCGUCUGACCUGUGUCCAAUGGACCCUUGAUAACAAGUAUAUUUUAAGUGGAUCAGACGAAAUGAACAUUAGAAUUUGGAAAGCAAGAGCGUCUGAAAAGCUAGGACCUCUUAAACCUAGAGAAAGGGCUGCUUUGAACUACAGUGAAGCUCUUAAAGAAAAAUACGCCACACAUCCUAAAGUGCGAAGAAUAGCGCGACACAGACAUGUGCCCAAACAUAUAUAUAACGCGCAAAAUGAACUAAGAACAAUUAAAGAGAAGGGCAAGAGGAAGGAAGCUAAUAGGAGGGCUCAUUCGAAGCCUGGGGAGGUGCCUUAUGAGCCAGAACGAAAGAAACACGUUCUUAAGGAAGAUAAAUAAGUUAUUUUUUGUAAUCUGAUGUUUUUUUAUUAAUAAAAAACUAUUUCGUCAA